AUGUACGACGAUUCUCAAUUUAUGCAUUACGAUAGUCUAGCAUUUUCAAAGAACGGAUUCGAAACUAUGGUAGCGAAGCGACCAGAGAUGACAGCGGUGAUCGGAUCGGCAAUCGACUUCAGUCCGACCGACAUUUUGAAAAUGAAUUUGAUGUACCAAUGUGGACAGGGUGUGAACGUGGAGCCGCAGCCGCUCCCACCACCUCAACCUCCUCCUAUUCCACCAAUGAUUUUCUCUUCUAUUCCGGACACAGAAGAA